UACGAAAUCUAUUACGAGAAUUAAAACAGAUUUAAAUGAGAGAAUACGAAUGAACAGCAUUAAUAAAGUGAUUUUAACGAGGAAACAAAUUGCUCGAACUGUCUAUCAUGGAAAAUAAUCCAGCACGAUUGAGUAUGAUUAGCGAUUACUAAUGGCACUUUGCCCGAGGGUGUUUCGUUUGAACAAAUUCCUCCAGAAUCAAAGGAAGAGAUGGCAAAGGCACGUAUCACCGAUCCGAUUUCAUCAAUCAAUAACGAGAAGCGCCAGCACGUUGGGAUGCUCGAAGCGGGCUGUUAAGGCCAUAUUUGUUCUCUCGUACAAGCCUCGGCAUCAACGGCAAAUUUAUGAGAAUGAUUUAUUGCUGAGGGAGACCGAGCGCGAAAGCCUCUUCAACGUUAUUUUGAUCAUGGCCAGAGUUUUCGUAAUAGGAUCCGUCGUUAUCGGGCUGGCCGUCGCGUAUUUUGUCACACGGCUUACGCAUGGGAACGGGUUUCCCUUGAUCCUUCGGAAAAGCAUCGAGUUUCUUGGCCCGAUAUUCAUUAAAUUUGGACAAUGGGCCUCAACGCGACAAGACUUGUUUCCCGAAGAAGUUUGCCGCACGUUAUCGCACUUACAGCGAACCGCUUGCCCGCAUUCUUGGUUUUACACGAAACAAUUGCUCAAAGCUGUGUACGGCCCGAACUGGAGGAACGUAUUCGUGAAAUUCGAACACGAGACGCCCAUCGGCUCGGGCUGCUGCGCUCAGGUGUACAAGGCCUGGGUGGAUCCGAGCGCGUCGGUGGAUCUAACGCGAAGGCCUCGAACCUCUGCGUUCGUUCAAAUUAUCGAGUAUCUUAAGCUCGGCGCGUUAUUCGCUUUCAUCGACAGAAAGUUAAAUGUCAUCCGUGAAACACAAUGCGCCGAAGACGCGUGCGUCAGCCGAAAUUUACAGCCGGUCGCGGUCAAGGUUCUCCACCCUGGAAUCAAACAGCAAUUAAAAAGAGAUCUUUCUAUAAUGAGAGGAAUCUGCAAAUACGCCACGUACAUAAUUCCGCGAUUGCAGUGGCUCAGUCUUACCGAUUGCAUCGACGAAUUCUCGCAGAUAAUGAAAAAUCAAGUUGACAUGAAACUGGAGGCAGCCAACUUGAUACAAUUUUCGAAAAAUUUCUCUGACAAGGAAGAUGUGGUUUUCCCGCAGCCUUACUGGAAUUUCACCCAUCACGACGUCCUUGUGGAAAGUUUUCACGAGGGCUCUCCUAUUUCCGACUACCUCGAGGACGAGGAUACCAAGUUGCAAGAAAGACUAGCGAAAAUAGGUGUAAAAACAGUUUUGAAAAUGGUUCGCAGUAACAUUGACGAUUCAGUAUGAUCAGUGAACACGAUCGGUGUAUGCAAUUCUAUAUUGCAGGUAUUUAACGACAAUUUUAUUCACUGUGACCUGCAUCCAGGUAACAUACUAGUAGAGAUGAAUUGUCAGCCGACUGGGAGGAUUAGCGCUUGGUUUUGGAAAUUUAUCGGUCGUAGAUACUUCUCCAAUUGCCCGCGUCUAGUCAUACUCGAUUGCGGCUUGGUGGUGUCUUUGAGCGAUCGCUGCCGAAGGAAUCUUAAAGACGUCUUCCGUUCGGUGCUCAUGGGAAAUGGCGAGUUGGCCGCGGAGUACAUAUUGGAACACAGUUCCCGCGUUUCCGCUGACCCGGAUGGUUUCAAGAAUACCAUGAAGAAAAUAGUAAACGCGCAUCUUAAAAACCGAGUCAACGUACGUCUCUCGUUUAACACUAGAUUGCCCAAGGAAGUCAUUUUGACUGCUUUUGGACAAAUGUACAAAUAA